GAUAUAGAGAAAGGACAAAUUAUGAAAUUGACUCUUUCAGAAUGUUAUUUUUUUGUUCUUUUACAAUAUCAAGAUCCUUCAACUUGAAGUUGUUCAAAAAAACAAAAAAACAAAAAAAAAGAACCGCCUCUAUUUCAUAUGUCAAACCACCAAAGCUAUAGCCAAGGCGGCGUUUAUUGCCUUAUAUAAGACUCUGUUUGAUCCAUUCUUGAAACUUUUUAGGUUUACACCCAUCUUCUUUGUUAUUUUCUGGUUGAUGUUGCAUGUGCUUUUUAAAGGUGGCGAAUCCAAGAGAGAAAGGUAUCAACAAGAAUCUUGACGAAUGGGUUUAUCAACCAUCGAUGAUGCUUCAACAAGAAAAUAAGAGUAACAGAAAUGAGCAGCCAUUUGGAUCAAUGCUUUCUGGGUUGAGUAGAGAAAGAGAGAUGUCAGCUAUGGUUUCUGCUUUGACUCAUGUUGUAACUGGAGAGGUGCCUGCCGAUAUUAUUAACAAUGAAGGGAAUUGUUCGGGGAGUUCCAGUGAUGGAGCUAAUAAGAGAGGAAGAGAAGAGGAAGGAGGUCACACAAAGCUUGCUAGAUCUUUUGGUUAUGUUGACAGAGUUAAUAACACAAUAGACACUUCAACAAUUGCAACAACCCCCAUAAUGCCACAAACACACAUAUAUGAACACAACGACACCGUAAGAGAAGAGCCAAGGAGAAAAUACAGAGGAGUGAGACAAAGGCCAUGGGGGAAAUGGGCUGCGGAAAUAAGAGACCCCUUUAAAGCAGCAAGAGUUUGGUUAGGCACAUUUGACACAGCAGAGGCAGCAGCAAGAGCCUAUGAUGAAGCUGCUCUUAGAUUUAGAGGUAGCAAAGCCAAACUGAACUUCCCGGAAAAUGUAAGACUCCUGCCAUCUACCUCAAAUCCAAUGACAACCCAGGUGGCGAUUUCUAAUUCUCAAAAUACCCUUUUCUCUGUUCCUCAAAUGGUAAACAAUCCUCGAUUGGAUUUGGGUGUUGGAGGGUAUCAAAGGCAUCAGGCCGUUAGUCUUUAUGACCAAAUGGUUUUGUCAUCUUCAAAUGCAUCUUCCCAUUUUCAAACUUUUAGUUUUGCAGCUUCUUCUACUACUUAUUCUUCUUCAUCUCCACAAUCUUCCGUUCCUCUGAUAAUUCCAGCUCCGCGGCCUGCGGACUUGAGGACUGCCACCAACCAGAGCAGUGGUGGUGGUGGUAGUGCUGAUAUUUCAGAGCCAGCUCUCUGGUCGGAUUGUGGCCAUUAUACUUCUUCAUCUGGAUAAUUAUUCAAUAUAUAUUUAUUUAUUCACCUGCAUUUUAAUAGGUUAUACUUUAGCUUCUUGUUGUAGUUAUUAUUAUACUGAUUUUAGUUAUUUUAUCAUUAUUAUUAUUAUUAAUUUUUAGUUGGUCAA